CCUCAUUUCCAACAACAGCAGCAAAAGUCUAUUGUUUUUCAAAUAAAUACCUAUAAAUAUAUAAAUAAAUAAAUAAAGAAAGAAAGACAUGUCCGCUACAGUUAUUGACGGAAAGGCUAUUGCACUAUCUGUGCGUACUCAGGUGAAGGAAGAAAUUUCACAGACCAAAAAGAACUUUCCUCAGUUUGCUCCUCAUCUUGCUAUUGUCCAAGUUGGUCAACGCGAGGAUUCUUCUAUCUAUGUGAAGAUGAAAGAUAAGGCAGCCCAAGAGUGUGGUAUCACUGUAAGCACAGACAAGUUACCUGAAUCCAUUACCGAGGUCGCUCUCUUGCAAAGAGUAAAGGAAUUGAACGAUGAUUACAGAGUCCACGGCAUCCUCGUCCAGAUGCCAUUACCUUCUCACAUUGAUGAAACCAAGGUUAUCGAAGCAAUUGACUACCAAAAGGAUGUAGAUGGUUUCCACGCUCUUAAUAUCGGUUACAUGACCAAGCGUGCUGGUAGCCCUCUCUUCAAACCUUGUACACCCAUGGGAAUCAUUGAGCUUCUCAAAUCUACUGGUACCAACUUGGAAGGAAAGCACGCCGUUGUCAUCGGUCGUAGUGACAUUGUGGGUGCACCUGUUGCUACUCUGUUGACCGGAGAAAACGCAACUGUUACUCUUUGCCACUCCAAAACCUUUGGUCUUGAAAACAUUGUCAAGCAAGCAGAUAUCGUUGUAGCUGCUAUUGGAAAGGCCGAGCUUAUCAAGGGUUCCUGGAUCAAGCCUGGAGCUAUUGUCAUUGAUGUUGGUACAAACGCAGUCCCAGACUCUACCAAAAAGUCUGGGAUUCGUUGGGUUGGUGACGUGGAAUACAGCCAAGCAAAACUCGUCGCCAAAGCAAUAACCCCCGUUCCUGGAGGCGUCGGACCCAUGACAGUCGCUAUGUUGAUGAAAAACACUUUUAUCAGUGCCAAGCGCUGGCUCCACCUGAGCUGCAAGCGCGACAUCGUCCCUCUGCCUCUCGAACUCUUGACUCCUGUCCCAAAGGAUAUCGAGAUUGCCAGAGCACAGACUCCCAAACACAUGUCUCUCUUGUGCAGUGAGAUUGGUCUCGGUCCUAGCGAGUAUGAGCUCUAUGGUCCCAGCAAAGCCAAGAUCAGUCUUGAUGUUUUAAAGCGUCUUGAGCAUCGUAAGGACGGUCGCUAUGUUGUUGUCACUGGAAUUACCCCUACUCCUCUUGGUGAGGGCAAGUCCACCACCACUAUCGGUCUUGUGCAGGCCUUGGGUGCCCACCUGAACAAGGCUGCCUUUGCAUGUGUUCGCCAGCCCUCUCAGGGCCCUACCUUUGGUAUCAAGGGUGGUGCUGCUGGUGGCGGAUACUCCCAGGUUAUUCCUAUGGACGAGUUCAACCUCCACCUGACUGGCGACCUUCACGCCGUCACUGCUGCCAACAACCUCUUGGCGGCUGCGAUCGAUGCCCGCAUCUUCCACGAGAACACCCAGUCCGACAAGGCGCUGCUGAACCGCCUCUGCCCCGUCCAGAAGGGCGUGCGUGUGUUUGCGCCCGUGAUGAACAAGCGUCUCCAGAAGCUGGGUAUCACCAAGACCAACCCUGCCGACCUGACCGAAGAAGAAGUCAAGCGCUUUGCACGCCUCGACAUUGACCCUGCCACGAUCACCUGGCAGCGUGUGAUGGACACCAACGACCGGUUCUUGCGUCAGAUCGAGAUCGGCCAGGCUGCGACCGAAAAGAACAUGGUCCGCCAGACCGGAUUCGACAUCACGGUCGCCAGUGAAGUCAUGGCCGUCCUGGCCUUGGCCACCGACCUCAAGGACAUGCGCCAGCGACUCGGCAACAUGGUCGUGGCCAGUUCUCGUGGCGGCGACCCCGUCACUGCAGACGACAUCGGCAUCGGCGGAGCCCUGACCGUGCUGAUGAAGGAUGCCAUCAAGCCAAACCUGAUGCAGACCUUGGAGGGAACUCCGGUCCUGGUCCACGCCGGUCCAUUCGCAAACAUUGCCCACGGAAACUCGUCCAUCUUGGCCGACAAGAUUGCGCUCAAGCUGGCCGGAACCGAGCAGGGCGCGAGCAGCUCGGGCAUGGAGCCUGGCUAUGUCGUGACCGAGGCUGGAUUUGGUGCCGACAUGGGCAUGGAGAAAUUCUUUGAUAUCAAGUGCCGUGUGUCUGGCCUGGUUCCGGAUGCCGUUGUCAUCGUUGCCACCGUCCGUGCCUUGAAGAUGCACGGCGGUGCUCCGGAUGUAGUCGCCGGCCGUCCUCUGCCCGAAGCCUACACCCAGGAGAACCUGACCUUUUUACAAAAGGGAUGUGCCAACCUGGCCAAGCAUAUCCAGAACGCAAAGAAGUUUGGAAUAGCUGUCAUUGUAGCCGUCAACCGAUUCUCAUCUGAUACCGAUGCUGAAAUGGAAUUGGUUCGCAAGGAAUCAAUGGAAGCCGGUGCUGACGACGCAGUUGCCUGUGACCACUGGGCUCGUGGUGGACUUGGUGCAGUUGAUCUGGGCAAGGCUGUGGUGUCGGCCUGCGAGAAGGAGAAAUCGUUUAGAUUCCUUUAUGACCUUGAUUUGCCAAUCGAGGCCAAGAUCGAGUCGAUCUGCAAAAACAUCUAUGGAGCAGACGGAAUUGAGUUGAGCGAUCUUGCGAAGGAAAAGAUCAAGACCUACACCAAGCAAGGCUUUAGCAAGUUGCCGAUCUGCAUGGCCAAGACCCAGUACAGCUUCAGCCACGACGCCGCCCUCAAGGGUGUCCCCACCGGAUUUGUGGUCCCCAUCCGUGACAUCCGUGCUUCGGUUGGUGCCGGGUUCCUGUACCCCUUGGUCGGAUCGAUGCAGACCAUGCCUGGACUCCCAACCCGCCCUUGUUUCUUUGAUGUCGAUCUUGAUGAGAGUGGAAAUGUCGUUGGACUUUUCUAAAUAUAUAAAUAAAUAAUUUAAUUUGAACAAGUUCAGAGCAUCAUUAAACUACUAUCACCUACUAUAUAUAUAUAUGUAUGUAUGUAUUACUUGUUUUAAAUCUUUCUUCUUCUUCUUUAUAGAGGUCAAUAAUAAAAGACAAGCAAAGCAGACAAGACAAAAAGAUUAUAUUUUUUAAAAUAAAAAAAUAAAAAUAAAGACAGUUUUUUUUUAUUGCC